AUGUCAACAGAGGUAACAUCAGCAAUUGUAACAGAUGAAUCGACGGAUUUAUCAAGGAAUGAAUCUACAACACCAGAGAAUCUGGAAGAGACCACAACAACCACAACAACAACUACAACUACUUCAUCCACAUCCACCACAUCAAAUAAUAAUAAUUCAACAAAUAACAGUCCGGAACUAAAUGGAAAUGGAACUUGUAAUGGAAAUGGCAACGAUAUACAUAUUGGAAAUAAUGAAUUAAGAAAAGUAUUGGAUACCGGUACAAAUAUUUAUUGUAAAUGGAGAGAUCAAUAUAAAGAAAAAGACACUGAACAGACACAAGCUGAAGUGCGACCUGCGACAUCCGCCUGGCAACGAGAUCUAUCGGUAUGGGAACAUCUCGAUGUUCGAGGUCGACGGCAAGAAGAACAAGAUCUACUGUCAGAAUCUGUGCUUGCUCUCCAAGUUGAAAAGGAUUCGCCCGAUGGCUACAAUCUCGCUUGUAUAUUAACAUUACCACCAUUUCAACGUAAAGGAUUCGGUAAACUUUUAAUUUCUUUUUCAUAUGAACUCUCAAAGAAAGAACAUAAAGUUGGAACACCUGAAAAACCAUUGUCAGAUUUAGGUUUACUUAGUUUCAGAUCCUAUUGGACACAAGUACUCUUGGAGAUACUGCGUAAGCACAAGGGUAAUCUUUCCAUUCUCGAUAUUUCAAAUAUGACAUCAAUUAGAAUGAGUUAUAAUGAUUAUAACUAUAUGGGGUAUUAUGGACAAUCUACAGUUCCGCCACCACCACCACCUCCACAGCCACAACACGAAGAUUUGUAUGGUCCUACCUAUGUAGAUCCAAGAUAUUCAUCAACUGUACAACCACAAAAUCAACAACAACAAACAUCACAAUAUGAUACAAGUAGUUAUUAUCAACAACAACAACAGCAACAACCACAACAAAAUGUAAAUGCAGCUUAUAAUUAUCCAUAUGGAUAUGGUGGUGAUACUAGUAGUAGCAAUACAAACACUCAUACCACUGCUGCUGCUACCAACGCUACUAAUGAUCCUUAUAAUCAAUACCAACAAUAUACUGCCAGUCCAACUACUACUACUGCUGCUGCUACCAAUUCUCAGUAUGGCUAUGAUCAGAGCACUACCAGCGAUGCCUAUUCACAUCAACGUCAAAAUUCUAGUGGUUAUUUAGAUCAACAGCAACCAAAUAAUUCUGUAUAUUAUAAUCAACAACAACAACAACAACAACCAUCACAACAAACUCGUACAGACUAUGAUUACACCAACACUCAUAAUAGUAGCACUGCAUCAACUGUUGGAAAUUAUGAUCAUUACAAUCAACAACAAACAACAUACGAUGAUCAUUCGCCUACUAAUGCUAAUAAUAGACACAGUCAAGGUUACCAAUAUUCUCCUGUCUCGACUGGUUAUGACCAGCAACAACAACAACCUGUUCCAAUUAGUGUUACUGCUGGAGAAUCAAGUGCAAUUAACAAUAGACAUAGUCAAGGUUACCAAUAUUCCCCUGUCUCAACUGGAUAUACUGGUUAUGAUCAACAACAACAACACUCUAGUGCAUCUUUGGCUGCUGAUGAAUCAAGUAAGAUAAACAAUAGACGUAGUCAAGGUUACCAAUAUUCUCCUGUCUCAACUGGAUAUACUGGUUAUGAUCAACAACAACAACACUCUAGUGCAUCCUUGGCUGCUGAUGAAUCAAGUAAGACAAACAAUAGACGUAGUCAGGGAUAUCAGUAUCCACCGACAGCGGGCUAUACAAGCUACGAACAACAGCAACAGGAAUACCAGAGACAACAAGAGUACGAAGAACAAUGGAGAAAAUACUAUGAACAGCAGAAGCAGUAUGAGGAGCAGUGGAGACAGUACUACGAGCAACAAAACCAGGAGAUGGAGCGUAUCAAACAGCAACAGAAGGAGGAGCAAGACAAGAUGCAAGCUCAGCUACAAAAGGAGCGUGAAGAAGUGGAGCGUCUCAAGCGUGAAGCCGCCCAGAAGUACCAGGAGGGUGAGCAAGAGAAGCAGAAGAUCAUGAUCUGGCAGCAAGAGGAGAUGAAGCGUCAGAUGAAUGAGUUGCAACGCGAGAGAGAACUCGCGAGAAAGCACGACGAGGAAGUGAGACGCGCCAUCAUCGAGGAGCAGAAGCAACAGCAACAAAAGUUGAACGAACAACAAAACAUAUUGCGUCAGCAACAGGAAGCAAUCACCCGCAAACUCCAGGAGGAAGAGCGUGCCCGCCACCAAGCGGAAGCACAGAAAGCCGAGGAGAUCAAACGACAGGAAGCACAGCUGCAAAAGAAGAAAGAAGACAUCGAUUCACUCGUCAAGAAGUUUGACUCCGAGAAGAACCACGAGCGAUCACUGGCAGAGUCGCGCAAGUUUGACUUGGCCAAGCAACAAGAGGAGCUUGCCAAGCGCAAUGAAGAGAUCGCCAAAGAGAGAGAAGCAAUCGUCGAGCUCAAAAAGAAACAGGAGCAAGAGAGAAAUGCACUCAAGAUUGAGUUUGAAAAGAAUCGUCAACUCGAGGAGCAGAAGCUGAGGGAGCAGCAGGACGCCAUCAAGCGUGAGCAAGAGUUGCUCGAUAUCCAAAAGAAAGACAUCAAGAUCCAAUCUCAACAGGCAACAAUCGACUCGCUCCAGCCAAUGAGAGACAUGGUUGCAGCGAUCAAUCUGAACCAAAAGUCGCCACCUACUGGCAAUGUAGUUCCUUCCAGUUUGGGUGCCAAGAAGAUUCCAACCAAACAGGCACCACUUCCACCACCUGCCGCUGCUGCUACCGCUUCAGCCGGUGGAGUUGUUACUAUUACUGCACACAACUCUGCACCAGCCAAGACAACACCAGCACCACCAGCACCAACAGCGACACUGGUACCUCAAACUGCAGUGGUAGUCAAUGCAACUGCGCCAAGUGUUUCCGAGGUCGUUGCUGUCACCAAGCCAGUCCCGAGAUUCCCACAUGUCAAUCUCAAUGAAGUGGCAUCACUCAACGGAAAGCACUACAAGGUGGGCGACGUUGUCAAGAUUCAACGUUGCUUCAGAAAGUGGUCGACCAGAAACAAGUUUAGAUCGCUUGUCUCUCUAAAGUUGCAUGCCAACGACCCAGAGACUGAGAAUGCAAAGAAGAGAUUCAGAGCUGUAAACGAAGUCUAUAGCACUGAAGUUUCCUAUUUAAAUUCUUUAUUAAUUUUGCAAAAUUUUUAUUUUAUUCCAAUGGAAGUAGAAGCCAAAGUUACCAAGUUAUUCAAGUCUGAGGAGAUUGGAAAGAUUUUCUCAAAUCUAAAGAGUUUAUUACAACUCAGCAAUGACUUCCACCAUGAGCUAGAGAAAAGAUUAAGUAAAUUCCCAAUAUUAGUUGGUGAUGUAUUUUUGAAAUUUGCACCAAUAUUUAAGAUCUAUGUAGAGUAUGUUAAUAACUUUGAUCAAGUAUCACCCAAGUUAAAGGUAAUGAUGGAAACACCUCAGGGUGCUUCAUUCUUUACUGAACAGAAAAAGAAAUCAAGAUCAAAUAUGGAUAUUCAAAGUUUAUUAAUUAUGCCAGUUCAACGUAUUCCUCGUUAUGAGCUAUUGCUUAGAGAAAUUCUAAGUCAUACCCCACAAGACCAUACCGAAUAUAAAAAUAUAAAGACCGCUCACGAAUCAAUGAAAGGUAUCAAUCAAUAUAUAAACGAUAGAAAGAAGAAUGUUGACAAUAGAUCCAAACUACUCGAAGUCCAAAAAGAAAUCAAAAAUGUUCCCGUAAUGUCUUGUGUUAUCGCCUCGACCAAGAAGAAUGAAUCUGGAAACUUCUACUUGUUCAUCUUUAACGACAGUAUUUUGGUAACAAAAAAGACCAGUAUUUUCUCUUCUUACAAAUAUGAAUACCUCUUCACCAUUCCACUCCUGGGAGAUACCGAUGUGAAAGAUAUCGAAUCAAAAGGGUAUGUUGCAACAAUGAUAGAGGAAGAGGAAGAAACAGCACCAUUCGUAACAGUUAAACACACUGUUUUGGUGUAUUUCUAA